UGAAUCCAAGUCAAUCCAAGUAGUGUUUAGAUAUUUGGUUGCGUUUGUAGUUGAUUGCGCCCGUUGCAGCUGUCCGAUUCGCGAAGGAAAGGAAUCUUAAUGCAUAUCGAUGUAUUGAUACAUCCCUAUUCUAUGGCUUUGUUUGAUUGCGGCAAGCAUUACACGCUUAAUUGAAGAAGUAGACGAUAAAUCGAAACCCCGCGUCGAUUGCUCCUUUAGCCAAAGCGACGUGCUGACCACCUCAACAGUGUCACUCGCGGGGGCCAAAUUUUCCUGCGCCGAAUCGUCGACGGUACCCAUCCAUCUGAAAACCAAUUGACUCAUUGUCAUUUACCAUCAUACCGUAGAAAUGUCUACAGCAGAGUUCCUGAAGGGCCUGCCUUCUUACAACGAGAACAACUUCACCCGCUUCCAAGCAGACUCAUCCUGCAGAACCACUGUAAGCACAGAAGAAGCAAUGGUGCGAAGGCCAUCAGUGUACCUUCCCACUCGUGACCACCCAUCUGAUCAGGUGAUCACAACUGAAAAGACCAACAUCCUGCUGCGAUACCUCCACCAGCAGUGGGACAAAAAGAGCAGCUCAAAGAAGCGCGAUGCCGGACGUAGCGGUCUCCCCCUGGAUGACGAGACGCCAUCCAGGAAAAGGGCGCGCACCGAUACUUCCAACACCGACGCUGACUCGCCAUGAGAUUGCCAAGCAAUGUUGCCAAUGGUGGCCCGGCAGGACAGAGUGGUGUCCAAGAGAGACUGGGGGGUUCCUGGAAAGUGUCUGCUGGCAUUAUUCGCUGCACAGUGUGGUCUUAUUAAAAGAAGGAAGAGGAGCUUGAGAAUGCUGGCACCAGUGAAUGUGCACAAAAUGUCUGAUAAGUUCAGGGGAGUGGAUUGGUUAUGAUUCAGCAAAAGGGGGUGCUUCAUAUUUUGCUUUUCUUACACAAUUUUGGGGUGUUCUUUCACUCAAACUAUGGUAUUCCAGUUAAGUUACAUAAGCAUUGCUCUCUUGUGAUGUUGACAUGUGUGAGAGCCAGUUAAGAUAAAGCCUCUCAAGUUGGUGCUCCUUUGAUCACUCUGCUAACCAGUGUUAAUCUCCAGGUGUCACUGGAGCUGGUUUUACACAAAGUGUUUGCUCACUCCCUGACCUCCUGCAUCUUGAGUGUCUGACUCAAAACAUGACUCACUUUUGUUCUGUGCUGAAACUUGCAAGCAAAAUAAGAAGAGAGUGCCAUGGAGGGAGGCACGUUGGCUGUAAUUAACUUGGCUAGUGGAGAAUGUCACGGAGGGGCUUUAUGUUAAAGUUUGGCAGCAUCAACCAAAGAGAGCAAUGCCGGUAGAUAAAGGGCCUGGAAAACACAACCUGUUAGUGCACAAAUGUUGGGAUAAACAGUGUUGUACACAUCGUUUUCCACUUUUGUGUGGCAGCGUAUAUCUACGUAUAUGUUUACACUCUGGGAGCUGUGAACUGCUGCUGUUUGACCAUUUUUCAGUAACAUUCAUUGUAGUGGUGGAGUGAGUGAGCAUGAAUGUGGUGAUGUGAUCCAUAAGCACCUAACUACUUAGUAAUUGAGGUGUACAGUCCCGACAAUAAAAGUUGUGUUUGCGGGUAAAUGCGAUGAA